AUGCCACAAUGAAUGAGUUAUUCUUUAUUAUAUAUAAUGUAUGCAUUUCUGUUGAGUGCUAUAACACUGUAGAUCUAGGACACGGGCGCGUCCACGUUUCCUCCGCCCAUAGUUUCUGUUCUCUCUACGCGCGUGCUCGGUCAAGGCUUUCCUCUGGGCGCAGGCGCGCGCGCUCCGCUCAGGAUGCUGUAUCGUAGGUGAUGAUGGCGGAAGAGGAGCUACGUUGAAUUUUCUCCCGAGUUUGUAUUUUUUGUUAAACGACCCUAUCAGACGCUCGUCAACAGAACUCGUCUUUUGCCUCCGUCUCACUCCGAGAGACAAUGGGGAAUGAAGCCAGCCUUGAAGGAGAAGGCCAGCCGGGGCAACCGGGCGGCGCUGUGCCCGCGGCUGGAGCCCCGGCUUCCAUUUCAGCACCGGCGGGCGGUGGACAGCUCCACAAGCCGAGCAAUGGAGCGCCUAUUGGGGGAACAGGAACAGGAACCGGACACGGACCGGGAAUGAACAGUAUCCAAGGCAAACCUAAUCAGACUGACCCGAGCAUGAGCCCCAAACCUGGUGGUCCACCUGGCCCUGGAGCCCCGACACAAUCCCAGGGACCCGGCCAGGGUCAAGCUGCAGGGAAAAACCUCCGGGUGGAUGUCGGGGGCGGAAAAAGCGGGCACCCACCUGCCGUUUCACCAGUGGGAAGUGCACCCACCUCGCCCUAUUCUUUGCCUCAGAUUGCACCUAUGCCCAGCAGCAAACUCUGCCCGGUGUGCAAGAGCGCAGAUCUGAUGGGCACCACGGAUGGCCAGCCAAACUGCAAUACCUGCACGCAGUGCCGUUCCAAAGUGUGCAACCAAUGCGGGUUCAACCCCAACCCACACCUCACCGAGGUCCAGGAGUGGCUGUGUCUGAAUUGUCAAAUGCAAAGGGCCCUGGGGAUGGACAUGGAGACGCCACGCUCCAAGAGCCAGCAGCAGAUUCACUCACCAUCCCAGCCGAGCAAACCUCUGCCCACGGCGGCCCCGCAGCCCCAAUCUCAACCGCAGCCCCACCCACCCGCAGAUGCUAAGAAGCAUACUGUCACUCAAGCCGCCCCUCAAAGCAAACCUCCUGCCCCAGGGGCCAUCCCUCUUCCGGGUAUGGCCAAAGCUCCAUCCCAGCCUGACCUCUCCCGCUCCGGCCCCGGAACCCAGCACCAGACCCCCCGGCAUGAUCACACCCGCAGUGCCGGAAGCUCUCCGUCUCGUCAACCGCCACCGCCAGAACAACCCUUCGGGAAGCUUUUCGGUUUUGGGGCUUCGCUCUUGAACCAGGCCAGCAAUUUAAUAUCCGUAGAUCCCGUGCAAAGCACACCACCAGGCCAGCAACCCUUAUCGCCCAAGCCCCCACAGAAGCAACCAGGACCUCCGGGGCCCAGUCCGACAGUGGCUGCUAAACCAACAACCCAGCCCGCUCCGCCACGACAGGAGUCUCCUCCCAAGCCCAAAGUGUUGUGUCCGCUGUGUAAGACGGAGCUAAAUGUGGGGGAGCCAGCCAAGUCUCCGAACUACAACCUCUGCACCCAGUGCCAUACCCAAGUCUGCAACAUGUGCGGCUUCAACCCAACGCCUCAUCUGACCGAGAAGAAAGAAUGGCUGUGUCUCACAUGCCAGACUCAGAGGGCAAUGUCAGGGAGCUUAGGGGAUAUGCCGCCUCCUGUGCCACCAGCAGUUGGAUCCCCUCGACUAUCAGGCCCGGCCAAUCAGCAGCAACACAGAGUACCCAAUCAGCAAGCUUCUCUGAGACCCACCGGCCCUCAGCAGCAAAAGCCCCCUGGCACCCAAGUAAGUGGUCCUUUCUCUCCGGUCAAACAGGGGGCGCCACAGUCCAAAGGCCCCUCACAACAAUUUCCUGCAACUAAAGCCGAGACACAAAAACAAGAUCAUGGCAUUAACAAGAAACAAGCUAUGUCCAAAACAGAAAAGGAGGGAGACGUCAGAGCAUCGUCUAAAAAGGGAACACUGGAUAAAAAAGAUGAGAAGAAAAGUAAUGGCAUGCAGAAAUCUAAACAAGAUGACGAUUCCAACAAGUCGAGCACACAGAGCUUGAGUGAUACAGGCUACUCCUCGGAUGGAAUAUCCAGCUCCCAGAGUGAGAUUACUGGCUUGAUCCAAGAGGACUCCGUGAAACUUAAUGAGAGGGGGUUCUCCGACCAACGCAGCCCUCCAAGUCCAUCAGAAUUAACAAAACUGGAAAGUUCAAUGCGUCCUCUGUUAGAGUCACGUACAGCCACUGACCAAGGAAUACAUCGUGAUGGAAGUGACACCACAGAACAGCAGAGACCUCGAUCUCUGACUAUAUCACAAGAUCAAGAGUUUGAAUCUGAUGAAGAAGCAUCAGAUGAUCUUAGCUGUAAAUUACGACAUGACUAUGUGGAAGACAGCAGUGAAAGUGGUCUUUCUCCAUUACCAACCAGACAGAAGAAGUCGCAGAAAGACCAAACAGAUGAGGAGUUCAUGAGGAGACAAAUUCUGGAGAUGAGUGCAGAUGAGGACGAUAUGGCAGAUGUUGAGGGCCACACAAAGACAAAAAGGAGCCAUAAGCACAGUGGAGAUCUAGGAAAAGAGAGACGUCGCCUUACACAGCAAUCUAGCAGUUUUGAGGAAGACACAAAAGGCACUGACACCUCAUACAAGUCAAGUGAAGCAGAUGACAUGAUGGCCUCACAAGGCGGCCUAAGAAGAUUUAAAACUAUAGAACUAAAUAACACAAAUUGUUACAAUCGUGAAAUGGAACUCAGCACAGAUCAUGACCUCAGGGAACCUGAGCUUGAGAUGGAAAGCCUUACUGGAUCACCUGAAGAAAGGUCAAGGGGAGAAUACUCAUCAACGCUCCCUGCAACCACACCAAGCUAUACCUCUGGCACUUCUCCCACAUCUGUGUCAUCAAUGGAAGAUGAUAGUGAUAGCAGCCCUAGCAGACGACAAAGGCUUGAGGAGGCAAAGCAGCAAAGGAAAGCAAGGCAUCGAUCCCAUGGCCCACUGUUGCCCACAAUUGAGGACUCAUCAGAAGAAGAUGAACUGCGAGAAGAGGAGGAACUCCUCAGAGAGCAGGAGAAGAUGAGAGACUUAGAGCAACAAAGGAUUCGCAGUACAGCCAGAAAAACUAAAAGGGACAAGGAGGAACUGAGGGCACAGAGACGCAGAGAGAGGUCAAAGACACCUCCCAGUAACCUAUCACCUAUUGAAGAUGCAUCCCCAACAGAGGAGCUCAGACAAGCUGCUGAGAUGGAGGAACUUCAUAGAUCAUCCUGCUCAGAAUACUCUCCCUCCAUGGAUUCAGAGGCAGAAGGAUUUGAAAUGGGUUCAAAGUUGUACAAAUCUGGAAGUGAAUACAAUCUACCUACAUUUAUGUCUUUGUACUCACCAACCGAGAAAACCUCUGCUGUCUCAUCAUCUGCAGCAGACAAAUCAUUAAAAAGUGCUGAAGAGGUUUAUGAGGAAAUGAUGCGAAAGGCAGAACUGAUGCAAAAGCAGCAACAACGAACACCAGGAAGACAAGGGCAGCAGGAAAGAGUCAAAGAUAGCAAACACCAUUUAGAUUCUGGAACAGCAUCUUUGAGUCCAGGUACAAGUCCAACCCAGGUCUCAGCUCCAGUCGUGUUCUCUGGAAGUGAUUCUGUAGAUAGAGGGGCACAAAGGAUGCAUGCUGUGCAGAGUCAUACACAACAAAGUAGAAUGAGCACCCAAACCUCUAAAGUAGGACAUACAACUGGUACCCCUCAAUCUCAUGUUAGGCCGCCUGGUCCUACACAGUCUCAAGGAAAACCUGCUGUUCAGGGGACAGUACAGGGUCAAGUGCCUGAUCCUGGGGCAUCCAGCUUAACAACAAAGAUGUUCUCAUAUUUGACAGGCUCAAGUCCAACCACAUCUCCUUCUGCUUCCCCAUCACAAAGUCCUACUCGUUCCCCUGUACCUUGUCCUACUUCUACAGUGGCACCCACUCAAACCUCUCAGAUCCAUCACAGAGCUGGGGCACCACGCCUUGCAAGACAGCAGUCCUCUCAAGAUUCCCCAGUUAUGGUUAUCACAUUAGGAUCAGGAACCCACAGUCAGCCCACCAAACCAGUAACUGUGAAUUCUUCCACCUCACCUAUAUCCUCACCAACAAAGGAGGGCCAACAGACAAUAUAUCAGAAUGAAACAACAUCACCCACAUCUCCACAGAGGUAUCCAGCCUACCCAUCACCUCAGCAUAGCUUACAGAGGGCGCAGAUAUCAGAGCGAGUUAGCGCUGCCACCUCUGUUGGUUCUCUUCCUGUAGGAAACAUAUCCUUGUGUAGAAUUUCCACAGUCCCAGGCACCUCAAGAGUUGUGGAGCAAGGCACAAUUGCCCCUGGUAGUAAUAUAAUAGACCUUAGAGCACCAAUGAAGCCUGCCCCAAUUAUUAUGACAGACAAGGGUAUGGACCUAACGUCUCUGGCGUCUGAUUCACGAAGGUACUCAUUUGAUGGAGAAACACCUCCAGGUCGGCAUACUGCUGUACAGCCUCUUAUCAUGAAUCUAAAUGCCCAGGCACAACCUCAGGUGACAACAACCACACCUACAACAGUUAGUGUGACUGUGGCAGCAUCAAUGUUUAUGUCACAACCAAAGCAACCAGUUGUUUAUGGAGAUCCAUUGCAAAAUAGAGUUGACUUUGGUCAGGGAGUUGGAUCUGCAGUUUGUCUCACCCAAAACAGGCCACUGAUCGCAGACCCAUCUAUUCCAAAAAUUGAUGCAUGUCUGGAAAAUCUGGGACUCCAACAGCAACAACUCCAAAAGCAACAACAAAAGCUUCAGCAACAGCAAGAGCUCCUCGAGCAACAGCUCCAGCAGCACCAACAAAAUGCUUCUUUUGCUCGUUACAACUUAGCUAAUCAAGUCCAACCAAUGUUGUUAAAGAAGGACUUAGUGGUAAGCCAGAUCACAUGUGGAGGCACACAAACAGUGGUCAGUUCUAUUUCAAAGAUAUCUCCGCUUCCUCCAGUACCCUCAUCAUGUUCUACAUCUUCCACCCCCACACUUGGUCAUGAUAUAUAUGGUGGGGCGGCUUUGGAAUUAAAGAACAAGCCUUCUGUAAUUAACCUCUCCACAGGGAAGCCCCAGAUAAUGAUGGUACAGUUUGAUGAGAAAAACACUCAGGGGGGUACUGUGACUCAGCUUGUUAAACGAGAGGAGCCUCAACCACCACAAGAGGUUCUGGAUCUCACAGGACAGAUUAAACCGGAGAACCAGUUGGCUUGCUGUGAUGUUGUCUAUAAUUUGCCAUUUGCUGGUAGUUGCUCAGGUUCAUUUGCUCAGCGAAAUAAGCCUGCAGAAGUUAAUUUAUCAACAGAGCCAUCGCAAGCCCCUGGGCAACAACCACAGUCUGGAAAAGAUGGCUACCAAGCAGCAAAUAUACAAGGGGCUGCAGAUGGAUCUUUUACCUUGCCUCCUCAAGGACGACUUCCACCAUCAAUGUCAGAUAACAAUCUAACAGGUUCAGGUCUCCAAUAUUAUCAGAAGACUGAACCUGGGGACUUAGCAGUAGACUUAAGCACCAUGAAGCAAGCAUAUGAAGCAGGGUACCUGGGAAUGGGUACCCAAUAUGGAUCUUACACAGAUCUACGCCAUCAAGGAGUUGAUUCAGCUCCACCAUUACCUUUGCGAAGAUAUGGUUCAAUGUCCAACAUUAAUGCAGAGUAUGGUUAUCCUUCUCGUGAUCUUGGUUUUCAAGAAUCCAAUCUUGCACAGUACAGUGCCACUACAGCCAGAGAGAUUAGUAGAAUGUGUGCUGCUCUUAACUCCAUGGAGCAGUUUGGUAGUCAUUAUACUAGUAAUCCGGAGCUUCUCCAAUAUGCUGCAGGUAGAGGUGGUCCUAGACUUAACCUUCAGCAAAGCCUAGCAUCUAUUAGAGCCAACCUGUUAUAUGGUCCUGAUGGCAGACCCACAGUGCAUGGUCAAACACUUACAAAUUUAAUCAAUGCUAGACAAGCUAGCCUAAGGUCUUUAUAUCCCCCUGCAGUAAGAACAGCUGAUGGCAUGAUAUAUUCUACUAUCAACACCCCAAUAGCAUCCACUCUUCCAAUUACAACUCAGCCCACCCCUGUUCUCAAUCCAGUAUUAAGAGGAGUAUAUGGACCUUCAGGAAGUGUAACUGCUGUUCCCCUGGCUACCCUCACCAGGUUGCCUCAAGUUACCCCAAGAAUGCCUCUUACUGCCCAAGCACAUUACAGAUAUCCUCUACCAAACCAUUUUUCAGCAACAGCUUCAGAAACGUCCCCAGUAAAUGUAACACCUAAUAGUACCUCAGAGCAGGAUGCUCCAGUUUACCUGGGAAAGCCUGCAACAUCUGCAUCACCCAAAACUGGUCAACCUGUGUCAAAUUUGGGUAUGCAAGGUAUACAACCAAUUCAGACCAGUGUAGUGGCAGUUAAUUCAGUCAUAAAUGAACAGGGUCCUCCAGCUCAUAUUUCAGUAGAAGGUACUACAACACAUCUUCAAACGCAAAUACAGUCCCAACCACAGUCAUUAGUCAAAGGUCAGGAAAAGUCUCAAGCACAGUGCCAGUCUCAGACACAGCCUCAAACAGUGCCACAAAAACAGACCCAGGCAAUUACCAGAGUCUUUCCAGAUACAGCUGCUAGUACCACAAUAACCACUUCUGCUAGUAUUGAGAAAGAAAAAGAAGAAGAACGUUUGCGACAGCAACAGGAGCAACUCUUGCAACUAGAGAGAGAACGUGUUGAGUUGGAGAAACUACGUCAGCUGCGUCUACAAGAGGAGUUAGAGAGGGACCGUGUAGAGCUCCAGAGGCACAGAGAAAAAGAACACCUCCUUAUGCAGCGGGAGAUACAAGAACUACAGACCAUCAAACAGCAGGUUCUUCAGCAGCAACAGGCUGAAAGGGAAACACAGCUGGUAAUGCAACGAGAGCAGCUAGCCCAACAGAGGAUGCAGCUAAACCAAAUUCAGUCCCUGCAACAGCAGCUCCAGCAGCAGCUUGAAGAGCAGAAGAGGCAGAAAACAGCCGCUAUUGAAGCAGCGGCGGUGGCUGCAGCGGCUGAGGCUGCAGCUGCCUCAGCAGCUGCUUCUGCAGCAGUUACAACAGCUCAAGGUGCCAUUCAGGGUGUAAUGGUUGGUGGAGCUUCACCUCAAACCAUCUCAAUUAUCUAUGAUCAAAAUGGUAGAAUUAUUCCACAAGAAGGUCAGAGUGUGCAAAUCUUACCUUGUGCUGAUGGCCAGAUGGUCCAGGCAGUGAUGUCCUCUAGGCCUUUGCCUAGCUCUGCCUCAGAAAUGUCUCUUAAGAGUAGUGAAGAUCAUGAUGGCCGGGUUAUGAAGAAACAAAACUCAAUGCCCCGUUUGAGGAAUGGUUCAGAGGAGGAGUCAGUCAAGAGAAUUACAGAUAGCUGUGUCCAAACUGAUGAUGAGGACACAGAAGACAAACUCAUGUCUCGUCGCCGUAGAACUCGACGAAUAGCUGACAGCAGCGUUCAGACAGAUGAAGAGGACCAGGGUGAGUGGGAAAAUCAGCCUAUACGACGCAGGCGUUCAAGAUACUCCAAACACUCUGAGUCAAGUUCAGAGCCUAAGAGUGAUGCAUCUAAAGUUACAUCUAGCAUCGCCAUUCAGACCACCAAUGACUCAUCAUGUCAGACUGAGUCAGACCACUUAUGCAGAAUAUCUCCAGCCAUACACAUUACCAUGGCUGAAACAUCAAAGGUUGAACUCCUUCACUACAUAUCUGCCCCAGAAAGGACCCAUAAAGGAGAGAGUUUGGCCUGUCAAACUGAUCCAGAGGCCCAGUCACAUGGAGUGGUUGCUCCUCAGCUAAGUGUUCCCACUACUGUUAGCCCCUAUUCCACUAGUUUGCAAUUAGUUGGUGCCACUCAAACCAAAUUUGAAAGGAGAAAGCCAGACCCAUUAGAUAUUGGAUACCAGCAGCAAGCUCAGCAACAACAUGAAUCUCCUUCACGUCAGCCACCAAAAUCUCCACAAGUGCUAUACUCCCCAGUAUCUCCACUGUCCCCCCAUCGUAUGAUAGAGACAACCUUUGCUUCCAGUGAGAAACUUAAUAAGGCACAUGUUACACCACAGCAAAAAGCUUUUACUGCAGAGUCACCUCAGAGGCAUCAGACUAUUCCAAGGCCUAUAAAGAAUGUUCAGAGGUCCAUGUCUGAUCCUAAGCCUCUCAGCCCAACAUCAGAGGACCAAGCCAAGACCAAGUUCUCCUUAUACCAAAAUCAAGCCAUUCCAGGAAGCCAGAUAUCAGCCCUGCAGCAGCAGCAGAACGCCAUGAUGAGAAAGGUGAAGAGAACGCUUCCCAGUCCGCCUCCAGAUGAGGCGCCUCUACCAAUUGUGACUCCGGCAAUACCACAUAUGUACACCUCCCCUGGAGUGUCCCAGAGGGUUUUGCCACGUUCCUCUCACGGUGCCAUAAAAGCAGGCUUGCUAAGUGAACUGAAAGCUGUAGAGCAAGAGUCAUCUAAAUUACGUAAACAACAGGCUGAGUUAGAGGAAGAGGAGAAGGAGAUUGAUGCUAAACUACGAUGCUUGGAACUAGGCAUCACCCAACGCAAGGAGACCAGAUCUAAAGAGAGAGAGAGGCGAGAGUUGGCAUAUAUACGAUGCAUAGGGGAUGCACGUGACUACAUGUCAGAUAGUGAGCUGAAUAAUUUGCGUAUUGUGGGGGUAGCGGCAGGAGCCUAUGAAGAAAAUGGACUGUUGUCACGCCCAAGUACAACACCUCUUAACCAGUUUACUGCUGAUUUGAAUGCGUCUCAGUAUCCCCCAACUUCCUCAUAUGUUCCAUAUCAAUAUCCACAGCCCCAGCCCACACCAACACAACCACCCACUGCACCAUAUCAGCAAAUUGGGUUUCAGCCACCACAGUACCAAACCUCCUCACAGCUCCAGCCUGGAACUUUCCAGCCUCAUCCUCCCCAACCCUCACCUUACCAGACCCAGGGACCAUAUCAGACUCAUGGCUACAGUCAGCCUCCUUAUGAGCCUGAUCUUGGUUUGCAGCAGCCUGGUCAUCAGGGCUUUCAGCCACCUACUGGAUCUUUACCAAGGCAGACUCUACCUUAUCCUACCCAGACCCUGCCUUACCCACCCCAAGCUGACAUGCUUUCUGUCCAUCAAAGACCACAACAUACCUCACUUGCUGAUCUUGAACAGAAGCUGCCCACAAACUAUGAAGUUAUAAAUAAUCCUUCAGUUCCAAUAGCGACAUCAGCUCAAGAGACUGGAUUCAGCGGUGCCUAUUCCUCACCACUGAACAAUUCUUAUGGUCAGUAUCGCUCCUCUGACCAGACUUUGACAGAGCAUAUCCCCAGUCCAUCAUCAGGAUAUGUAACAGAUGGUGUCUAUGCCACAAACCUAGAACAGAAUAUCCCCAGAAAUUAUGUCAUGAUUGAUGAUAUCAGUGAACUGACAAAGGAGAAUAUGGGGUCCUCCGAUAUGUCACGGGUAGGUUAUGGGAGUGAGAAUGGACAACGUGGACCAACCUAUGGAGAUGGGUCUGACAAUUUAUAUGGAAGAAAUACAAAUGCCUAUCAGAAUGCAGUAGACAGCCAUGGACAUCCAGUUACAACUGUAAGUGGUGGAUCUGCUUACUAUUACGAUGACUAUAAGCACUCUUCCCGCAGCAGUGGUGGAAUGGGUAACCAGAAGCACUCAUCCAAAAAUUUGGCACCCGCUGUUUCCUCCAAACGUAGCAAGCAUAGGAAGCAAGGCAUGGAGCAGAAGAUCUCCAAGUUCUCUCCGAUUGAAGAAGCACGAGAUGUAGAGUCUGAUCUAGCCUCUUACACCAUGACAACAUCAACAGGCGGUAGCUGCACUGUGGUGUCCAGGACUGGUAUGAAGAAGAGCUAUGACCAACAAAAGUACUAUGGAUCAAGAGAGGCAAUGGAGGAAGAUGAUCGUCUUUAUGGCUCUGGGCGAUCGAGAUCCACAGGUUAUGGAAUGGAUAAGAUUUCUUCUAGAGAUUCAAGUGGCUAUCGAAGUAAGUCUUAUGAGAGGGACGCCAUGGAACGAUCACAGAGGGGCAUCCAUAGUCGUAGUGGACGUCCUUCUAUGCGUACGCAGAACUCAGAAGAAGAGAGCCCUCUCAGUCCCGUUGGAAAGCCAAUGGGUGUUGGUCGUGGCUCUGUGCCAGAUCCUCAUGAUGUACGAAAUCAGUAUGGCUCCAGCCAUUCCUUACCAGAUGUACAGGACCACCAUAUAAGGGAUAUGCCUAAGAGUCAUGUAUAUAAGCCAGAAGACCCUUACCUUGCAGAUGACAUGCACUGUGCUGUUUCAGAUAGUGAAGCCUAUCAUCUGGGUCAGGAGGAAACAGAUUGGUUUGAAAAACCACGUGAACCUCGGUCAGAUCGCUCUAGACACCACGGGAGCGGAAGUCAUUCAUCCUCUAGCAGGAGAAGCAAUGUUAAGCACACCUACCAUGAUUACGACGAGCCCCCUGAAGAAGACCUGUGGCCUCAAGACGAAUACGGCCAUCAGCGACAUCCUUCUUCAACCUCAUCUCGCGAACACCGUCACCAUGUUAGCAGCUCAGGAAGACACUCCUCUUCCCGGCAUUCCUCAGAUGAUCCCAGGUCAACGCGAUCUACACGAUCCCAUCCAAAAGAUCCUUCUGCUCGCACAGAAACCCGAACCAGCUCGUCAACUUCACAGAAAAGAUCCACCGAUCCACGAUCUGUCAACCACCGAGACUCAGGAGACUACUCUCGUGAUCCAUCCGGCCACCAACAUGGCUCAACUGGACAGCGGGGACAGAGGCAACCGAGUUCAUCCAGGAGGCAGGAGCCCUCCACAAGUUCCAGGCAGCAGCAUGGAGAACAGCAACCACCACCACAGCAAGGACAGCAACGAUCUUCAACAGGUCAGCAAGCAUCUACCAAGCAGCCACCUGAGACAGCACAGCAAGGACCGCAACAAUUGGGACAAACGACCCGUACGCAGCAGCAGUCACCACAGCAGCCUGGGCAACAGCCAGCCGCCCAAAUGGGAACAACACAGCCCACCACCACAGUUGCUGGCACAGGAACAGGUACAACUCAGCAGCAACCUAAACCAGGUCAGGCUCCAGCACAGGCAAGACAACAACAGCCAGGAGCACCAACCACUGCCCAGCCAGCUCCUGCUAUGGCAAAGCCAGACACAGCUGCGCCUGCUGCUGCGCCAACUCCUGCAGUCGCUAUUGGUUCAAAAGCUAUACCGCAGACUGCAAAAGUACCCCAGACUCCAGUCACAGGCAUUGGGUCAAAGGCAGCACCCCGACCAGGGGGGAUAGGCAGCGCUGCACAGCAAGCUGCAGAAGGGGAGAAUGUUCUCACAAAGAUCCUGCAGGGUGGAGCCGCAGAACAAGCAGGAAAAUUGGGAGAUGCUGUAUCUGCUCUCGGGAAGAAGUUUACUUCACUUUGGUGAUGUGUUAAUAGUAAGGCUUUGGUGGUGACUUGAAUUUUUAGAGCUGAAAAAAACUAUGAAUUUGUAUCUGCCAUUCAACAUCUUCAGCUGACAGCGGGGUACACCUGUGGACACUGAUGAAUAAUCCAAAAAAUCCAUCAAAAUUCCCAAUAGGAAAAUUCAGAGGUAUGGUCUCUAACCAAUCAACCUACACUGGAUGCUAAAUCUCUCUUCCAUAGCUUUUCUAUCGCUGUUGAAGCAAUCGCAACAUAUCAGUGCUCAGGUGACCCUGUUUUAAAGCCGUGUGAGGUUUUCUGGCAGCUGCAGAUCUUAGCUUUUCACAGUUCAAAUGAAGACUCGGGACACAGGAACGAUGGAGAACGACUCUCGAUGAAGGCUUCAAACGAACAAUGUCUCUAUUGCUCUGUUUUAAACGCGUAUGCUCGAUUUCUAAGAUCUUGACAUUCCAAUAUGGCGAUGAUUGACCCUCUCUUUAUGAAUGUUUUCCUUUCUUCCUUAAUCUUUUUGUCACGUGUGUACUGAAUGCAAAUGUGUAAACUGUGGACAUGGAUUGCACGCACAAAAAAUAUAUAUGUAUACAUAUAUGAGAUAUAUAUAUGAAUCCAUAUCUAGACACCUUUUCAGAGUCUUUAAGGGUGAAGCCAUGUGCACCUUGUGUAAAAAGCUGGUUCUUUAAUGUCUAGUCAAGUCCAGAGGUCUGUAAUAGGUCAGAAUGUUAGUAUAGUCGUAUCCAUUAUUAUUAUUAUUUAUAUAAUGUUAAGCCAUUACUAUCCCAGAAUUCUCUUUUUUUGCCUCAUUUUUUUGAACAUAAGCCUUACUGAUAUGUUUUACCUCACAUAUAUUUUUUUUAAAUCAUCCUUACUUGAUUUAUUUUGCACAAGUGUACACUGCUGAACAUGUACAUAUCCUCAUAAACACUCUGCUAAUGUAAGAUAUUAAUUUGUGUAUGGAUUUCUAUGUUUAAUCUUUGGUAUCAUUAUUUAUAUUUUCACACAUUUCUUCUAUAUAUAUACAGUACAUAUACAUUGUUUUUUCCUAAAGCAAUAGCAUGCUUAUCCUCCCAGAGCACAAUAAUUUUAUUGUUUAAAGUUCCUCAGUCACAAAUCUGCUUUUGUCAUACAACAAACCACAUACUUAAACAUACAUAUUACCCAAAAACACAUUAACCGGUCUGUAAAUCCACUACGGAUGAAAGUACGAACCGAUUUCAAAUGUUCUUCUAUGCAAUAAUUCAUGUAAAACCAUAACAUCCUUCACCAAUACUGCGUGACGGUAGGGUUCAGGUACGAAUAAGGACAUGUUUGUAUGUAUGCCAAUAUCAAAUGACCAGUUCUCCUUUUUAUUUUACCGGCAUGCCCUCGUCUUCCCUAGUUUUCAGGGAAUCUGUUGCCAAAGGGUUAACUUGUGUGGACUGUGGACAUCCACCAUCUCUGUUGCUUGCGGCAUGAAUCUGCUCAGCUCUCUUUGGCUCUUCGUGGUGUCGUCAUCUGGUCUUUGUGUCUGCGGUACGAUCAGUCGGGCAUCCAGCUUAUGCACUAGUUAUUUCAUCUCCAUCCACAAAGUGGUUUUGUUUUUGUCUUGUGUUAUGGUGUCAUAAUUUCGUGUAACCGGUCUCUGAUAUUCUGUGACCUUGACAAGACAACCAAGAUUAUGACGGAAAAUAAUCAUCAUAGGAACCAUAGCUAUGUGGAUGAGAUCCAAACCAAGACCAAAAAAUGAAAAUGAUGUCCCUUUACUUGUCCUCAUGAAUUGAUUUAUUUCAUAACUGAAGUAGUUACAUACGGUAUAUAUGAAUGUCCAUGCUUAUUAUAUCAGAUAUACUGAAGCUGUCACUGGGGUCAUAUCCUCUCAAAAAGUACCUAAAGGGUGCAUAUUAGUCAUUCAAAGGUAUAUAUAUCUGUACCACAAUGGACCUUUUUAAGGAGCACCAUCCCAAUGAUAGCUUUUGUAAGUUUUUUACACAAAUAUGAGGUGGAUUAAACGACAGGAUUUUUAUUUUUGGGUAAGCUCUCCUCUACUUUAGCUCAGUCUGAAGAUCUGAAAAUGAAAACUUGUAUGUGGUUUCAAAUCUAAAACAGCCGACUAGCCAUAAGCCUGCUUGUAAUUAGUGUAUGUAGCAUGAAUGCACCAUUUUCAUUCAUAUGAAAAUCAGGGCAUGCACGUUGAAAGCACAAACUGUUCAUUACUAUUUGCGUUACUCAUUCGAUGUAUUUUUUCCUUUUUGAUACUGGAAUGCUGUUUAGUCAAUGAAGACAGACAUCACUGUUACCAUGGAGAUAUUCAAUAACAAGUGCAUGAGCCAAAGUUGCCAUCACAAAAGCCGGCCACAGUGAUAAAUAAAUAAAAGUACGCGAAAGCAAACAUAUCCACACACAAACAGGCAUGUGCACGCACACAAAGUCACACACAAACAUACACUAACUGUCGCUGUAAAUACUGACUUGGUUAUUUUGUACAGUGUUUAAAUAUCAUGAGUAAAAUAAUGAUGGCCGUCUUGUGCAACUUCACAUCGGCCCUGUUGCCAACCUUUUGUGCUUUUGUGUAUAAAAGAAUAAUGAUGAUUAUUGUUAUUAUUAUUAUGAGAAAAUAAUCAUUGUAUAUGUUGCUGGCUCUCAAUGACUGUUGACAACAGAUGAAAAAAGAGACACUUAAAAUCAAACCAUUGGGUCUGUGUGGGGUUCUAUACAGUACGUAUUGUGUUGUUACAAUGGAAAUUAUUUACAGUAAGUGGCUUCCAUUAUGACAGAAAAGUGAGUUUAGAUUUACUAAUCAUUAUUUAUGUGUAUUAUAAUUGAAAUUGGCUAAACGUGAUCAAGGCGACCAAUAAAACAAGCUCACAAAUGAAAGAUUCACUCACUGUUGUAAGUGCAAUGGGCUAAAUGUGAGUCCAGUAUUCAUUGUGAAAUAUUGUGUUUUAUUUUAAUGUAUUCCUGUUAAAAAGAUAAAUUUUGGUGCAUCAUGUCAUGUAAUGUGAUUAUGAAAAUAUUGAACCUGCAAUUUGUUUCCAGACUGGAGAAGAAUAAAGACAAAAAAUGGUCAUUUA